CGCGGGGCGCGUCCCGGGCGCGGCGGAGCGGCAGCAUGGAGGGCCGGGUGCCCUACGACGACUUCCCGGUGGUUUUCCUGCCGCCCUACGAGAGCCCGCCCGCCUGGGUGCCGCCGCACGAGCGCGUGUAUCACCCCGACUACAACAACGAGCUCACGCAGUUCCUGCCCCGCACCAUCGUGCUCAAGAAGCCGCCCGGGGCGCAGCUGGGCUUCAACAUCCGAGGAGGAAAAGCCUCGCAGUUGGGAAUCUUCAUCUCCAAGGUGAUUCCCGACUCGGAUGCUCACAGGGCCGGGCUGCAGGAGGGGGACCAGGUGCUCUCGGUGAACGAUGUGGAUUUCCAGGAUAUUGAGCACAGCAAGGCCGUGGAGAUCCUGAAGACGGCGCGGGAGAUCACAAUGCGCGUCCGGUACUUCCCCUACAGCACCACAUCAGGAUAAUGAGGCCGGGCUUCAUCUGCCCACGCAGGAGAACUCAGAGAGCAGGAAGAUUACCAGCGGCAGAAGGAACGGACAGUUCACUAACAGGGAGCUUCAUCCUGCCAAAACCUCUCCACUCCUUUUUCCCAGCGUCUGAGAUGACUCCUCACGUUUCAGCUUUCACUGGAGGCACCACUGGCCUGCACAGGAUCAACUCUUUCCCACAGGGGGAGAUGCCCAGGGGCUCAUUUGGCUGGAAGAUGGAUGGGGAUUGAGGCUGUGCUCCUGGGAAUGGGUGUUGGGAAAAGCUGGUGUGAGGUGGGUCCUAGGGGGCAGCUGCUCCAGCAGGAUCCAGAUUUUAGCAAGACUUUAAUUAAGUGAGCUCUGGGCUGGUUCUGGAUCCCUUGAUCCUGGAUCCCUGGUUGUUGAGCACUCCUGAGCAGAGCACAGGCAUUGUUCCACUCUCUUGUGCCAUGGAAUUCUUCCCUUCUCCUCUGUCCCAGCUCUGCUCUGCAUUGCUGGGUUUGCUGGCAACUCCAGGAGUAAAAUUCAGCCCCAGUUUGUGCACAGCCCUGGCUGUUUGUGCCUCUUUGCUGAUAAAACCCCCACAGUAUAGGACUGGGAGUCUGGAAAUAUUAAUUACCAAGGAAAUUAUCAGCAAAUCCAGGGGCAAAUGCCUGGUGGGAUAACGUUGUAAUGGCUUCAGGACAGCCCUGGUUCUGACCUUCUCUUCCUUGUGGUGUUUUUCACUUUUUCUGUAAAAACAAUCAAUAAAUCAAGUACAGCAGCCCGA